CUCACAUCUCCUGUUGAUUUUAUUGUUGAUAUGAAGGUGAUAUUGGCUCAUGGCCAGCCUGCAACAGGAGUAUCCCCUGGUCCUGCUGGGUAUUCUGGAGGAGCUGUCCGCUAUGCGCCACUGGCUCUCCUUCCAGGACCUGUGUCGAAUGGUCAGCACCCGCUUCGACCUGCAGCACCUCACAGAGCUUAGGAGCCUGCUGUUCUCCGCAGCUUGCCGCGACCCCUGUUUCCCUGCCACCCUCUUCAGAGACAGGGUCACCCCCAAGGGACUGGGGACAUCCCCAAUAGGCGUGGCAGCUGACAUCGUCACUAUAUUCAACCUCAUUCAAAUGACGGGUGGGGCUCCCGAUGAGGCCCAGGCUGCUCAGCCAAUAAAAGCAAAGCCCACCCCUCACAUCGACCAAUCCCCAGAGCCCUCUUUGCAAAGCUCUUUGCCCAUCACUGACGAAGUGAGAUUCUCCAGAUGUGAUAGGGUGCGCACACUUUCAGACUCUCAGACCAUCUCAGGCCCCAUCGACUCAAGCUUGCUCUGGCCCAAAUCAAAUUAUUCGUUCCGCAAGCGCGCCAGUCUCCCUCCCGAUCCCCUCUCUCUUGUCUCCUCAUCCCCUCCGAGCCGUGCCAGGGCUGUGUCUUUCGACUGGCGCCACAACACCCCACUGUUCGCUAGCAGCGGCAGCAUCCCAGGCAUGCAGAGCAUCUAUCUCCCCCUGGAGACGGACAGCGAGUCCUCCAAGGAUUCCCUGAGCGGAGACUCGGCACCCAGAGAUCCCGGAUCAGAGCCGGGAUCAGAGCCGGGAUCACAGGCGGGAUCACAGCCGGGAUCGGAGCGGCAUUCCUGCGUGAAGAAGAGAGACAUCUUCAAGAAGGACUUCCACAACCAGUCGCAACUUGUUCCCCAGGUGACCAUCAGUACUGAGUCUCAGACUCCAAGAGGAGGAGUAGGCCGAAGAGGGAGGCAGGAACUUUUUUCCAACCGCAGCUUUGAACUGCUAUCCAACCCGUAUCCUUCCCCCACUGUUGGUCGGUCUUCGCCGGAGCGCCGGGCCAAGCAUGAAAGCCUGGACGACCUCCAGGACUCCACGUACUUUGGCCCAGGGGAUACUAUUCAAGAAUGGUCCCCCCUCCACCUCCAACCCCCUAGGGCCCAGAGGCCAGGGUGGGCCGACAAGAGCCUGAGUCUGGAUGACAGGGUGGUGGGCUUAGCGGGGGUGGGUUUGGAUGGCUCCGAGGGCUCUCUUCAGGUGAGACUCACUCCCAGCCCCACCACAAACAACAUUGGUGGGGGGUUGUCCCCUCCAAAGGGAUGGGAGGGGAACACCAUUCCCGCACUUGGAGGAGGGGGGUUGACGGCCUGCACCAGGGGCACCCAGACCGACACCAUGCCGGACCCCCGGCGCCUGCGGAGCCUGGUGCACGCCGACCGGCUGUCCUUCAUGACCUCGAUGGAUGACCCUGACAUGAUGGGCGAGGAUGACAUCAGCGCCAUCUUCCGCUUCCUGGACGACAUGAGCAUGUGCGGCUCCACGGGGGUCCUCCACCCCCACGACGUGGGCCCCUCGGCAGCCCAGGACACCCCAGAGGCACGGCGCGGCCGCCUGGGCCAGCUCCAGAAGCUCUUUCACUCCCUGGAUGGCAGCGAUGAUGGUGGCCUCAAGGCCAGCGUAUGUAAACUCCUCCUGAGAAUGGGUCAGAUCGAGCGACGCCUGGAGUCGCUGUCCGAGGUCAAGGCUGAGAUCUCCCAAGUUCUCUCCUUCCUCCAGCGACUGGAUGAGAAGAUACAAGAGCAGGCCAUUAGAGGGGGAGGAGGGAGUGGAGGUAGGUGGCUGGGACCGCCCAGCGGUGGUGGGUCUUCCCUGGGUAGCUUGAGCCAUUCGCUCACUCCUGGGUCUGGUGGCUCCUCAGAACCCCAGCCCCUGUCUGUGUCUGGGCAUUCGUUUGGCAGCCUGGACUGGAACCAGUGGGGCAGCAGCCAAGGGAAGACAGAGACAAACGGAGGUCUGAGCGAGACCGAAGGGGGGAAGAAAGGGGUGCUCUCUCGGCUGGCCUCCUCCAAGCCUGAGGAGAAAAGUGGCGUAGACUCCAAACGUCCGAGCGUCGUCUCCAACUCGUCUGCGCGGGAUUGGACGGUGUCGUUCUCUAAAAGUAAAGAUGGCAAGGCCCAGCCCGGGAAAAAACGGCAGAUGGACCAAUCAAACAACUCCGCCCAGAGUCAUAAGCUCCCCCCUCAGAAACACUCCCACCUGGUGGAGCCAGUGUUCAGUUCCUCUCUCUUGCGUCAGAAGGGUGGCGGGUUGACCAAUCCUGGGUUGUCCUCUGGGCUGCCCUGUGACCCCAGAUUGGCUGGGGGGAGAGGAGGAGCCCCGAUCUGGACCGUGGAGGACAGAGAGGCCAGAAUGUCCCCUCUGGAACUGCAGGCCCAGGAGUCUCUAAACCCCAAUAAUCUGGAGUUUUGGAUGGAGGACAUCUACACGCCAGGUUACGACACACUACUGAGGCGCAAAGAGGCUGACCAGCGCAGAGCCAAAGCCUGCAAGCUGGGGGCGCUCAUCUUCACAGCCAUUACAAUAGUCCUUGUCAUCGUCAUCCCCAUCGCCACAAUGAGCUCCUGAGGCUCUGAUUGGAUAUCAGACAGGAAACCACCAAACAAAGACUGACUUGAUUGGUUGAUUAGUGAUGAUGAGAUGCAGGGAUUCUGAAGUCUGAAUGCAGUGUUUAUCUUAUAUAUAUAACAUUUUUUUUUCAUAUAACGAUGUAGGGGACUAGUAUGCCCUACAUAUACCAUGCUUUUGCACCACUUCUCUCAGGAGAGAGUAAUAACAAAAGACAAAGCUAAACUAAUGCAAACUCUUUGUGAAUCCCCAUGUUAUCACAGUCAGUUACGCCCUUGAGUGCUAUUUUGGCCUUAUCCUUUUGCCCGCAAACCCUACAGGGCUCAUUUCUUUCAAGCACAACUGAAAAAAUUCUCAAUUGUAAAAAGCACAGCAUUUGUGUGGGUCUACUGUCUGACUUUGAAUGCCUUUGUUUCUCAUUAAGCAGUAUGGUGCAGUAAGUUAUGUUGAAUAAAACAACUUUUGUUUUCAUAGUGGUUUUUCAAGAGUGUAAAAUCUGGGAUUUCCGCUAUUUUCCGCUGGCUAAGGCAAUGUAUUUGUUUCAUGAGAUAUGCCACCCCUGUUUGCAGGGCCGGACCUUGCUGUUCUGUGCCCUAGGCAAGACCAAAAAAUGCCAUCCCCCAAAACUAGAAUAGUGCCAGUAAGCAAAAUCACAUUGAAAAGACAUCUAAAAUAUGUAUUUUCCAGACAUAGAAGUUAGGUUCAAUUUAGGUCUGAAGGAAAGGUGAAGAUAUGUAUUUUCCAUACGUUUAAAAUACAUAUUUUCCAGGACGUUGAAAAGGCAUAUUUUCCGGACGUUGACAAAUACAUAUUUUCCUGAUGUUGAAGUAAGGUUUAUUUUCGGUUCUACUGAAAGUUGAAAAUACUUAUUUUCCGGAUGUUGAAAAUACGUAUUUUUAGGAUAUGUUAUUUGUUAACAUGACAGUACAUUUGUUUUAGGUUAUGCUAUUUGAUCGGAGAAACCUGAAUGAUGUUAAAAGUGUCUUAGGUUAGGCUAUUUGACUGAAGAAACCUGCAUGAUGUAAAAAGUGUCCUUGUCAAUAAAUUGUCAUAUAUUUUAUCACCAGCCUGUAGGCUACAGAAAAGGCAACGUGCUCUUUCUACCAUAUCCAAUAUCUGCUACACAGGGGUGCAACUUUCACUGGGGACGGGGGGGACAUGCCUCCCCCACAUUCUGAAAUUGCAUUUUUGUUCCCCACAGUUUUACCAUUGGAAUGUGAUAUAAAACUAGGCAACGGUGUGCUUUAGGACCAUGCGGAUGCCUCCGAGCGGUCGGGUAGGCUGUUUGGAGUGUUUAUUCGACUGGAUAAAAACAAUACAAUAAUUAUAAUUUUGGCCCCCCCACUUCUAAAACCAAAGUUGCGCCCCUGCUACUACAUGAUUUAUGUUUUACAUUGGUGGAGCACUGCAGCAAUGCGUCUCUCCAACAGAACCCCGGAGAGGCAUGCUGGGUAUGGACAAGCAAAAUAUUUUGCGCCGCUGCCUUUGACAAAGUGGGCACUGCUUAUCACAGAACGGUAUCAAUGUUCACCUAAAAAGCCCAUAUGCUACUGGUUGAAAGAAAUUGCCAUUGUUUUGGGGCCAGAUUAUGUGAGGCUUUAUGUGUUGUUGUUGGAGGUGCAUCUUGGUCAGUUAGCUCAGAAAAUGCCGCCCUCAUCAGUCUGCCGCCAUAGGCGGACGUCCAAUCCUGCCCAAUGAGCGGGCCUGGACGUGCCUGUUUGUUUAGUUGUUGUUGAUGUUUUGGUUCUUGGGGAUAUGGAAAAAGGAUUCCUCUGCUGCCAGGAACCACUUUGUGAAUAGGGGAUUCACUGUGUAAUCUAAUUUGUGUGAUACCACUCUACCAUGUUACUGUAUGUACACACACACGCACGCACAUCACAUUAAUAAAAUCAAGGCCUGUAUAAUACACACA